AUGGAGGAGGAGAUCUGCAUACCUGACACCGACAAAAUCUACCCAGUACUGCUCAUACCUAAGAAAUGUACAACUUUGGAAACCAACCACGAAGCCGCGGACAAUGUGUUCAUCGGUGUCAACAUAACGUCCCCCGACACUGAAGGCAACGAGAUGUGCAUAUAUUCAGGUUUUUGCAACGUUAAACUUAUAGAUAGUUACGACGUGAAUAUUCAUGAGGUAGAUGGUAACAGCCAAUCGACAGAUUCAAACGAUAAUCCAAUACCUAUUAUAGUGACAGAUGCAAACCAAACGUAUGCGCCUUACAGCCAAUCUCAGGUAUGGAUAGAUCCAGCUAGAAGCCCUUAUGUCUACAACAGUCACGAUACAGUAGAAUCGCAAGGGCAUUAUUCGGUGUACCAUCAAACCCACUCCAGCCAUAUAACUGUUGAACAGCAUAACACAUACAUAACGCAAAAUGUUUACAACUACAAAGAAUCUAUACAAUACUCGCCUUGUGAAGAAUUCGAGCAUAAAAAGUUCAGGAAAAUUCAGAGUAACGAAACUAACCAGACUAUUGACUCGGGUUUGUAUGAAAACGACGAAUUUGAAUGCGGAGUUUUCUUAACCCACUUACCAGAAGAAAUUAUGCAUGAAAAAGAAAAUAAGGCUAGGGAGGAGAUGAAAUAUAUUGAUUUGCAAAGUGAAAAUGAUGCUAUAAAGCAGCUCAUGUCAUCUGAUAUACAAUCUUUGUCGAAACAGCAAAAGACCAUUUUGUACUUGGGUCACGACUCGCACUACGGUCAGACUAUACAAAAAAUCACAGUAAACGAUCCAUCGUUAGAAUGCGUUGAUAAUGGCAUUGACAAUGAAGUGGUUGUAGAAAGCAAUCCAACAAACCAGAAAAAGUACCAAUGUGAAAAAUGCAAAAAAAUAUUUGAUCAAAUCACUGCAUUCAAACAACACAUGGUAGGAAGCCAUAAGAGUACUAAAAUUCCUAUAAUAGGCUCAGACUCUGUAAAUGAAGUCAAGUUUAUGUGUACAGAUUGUGGAAAAGUACUCAAGACUCAAAAAAAGUUUGAGCUGCACUGCCUUGGCCAUGGUGACCCAGAACUUGAAUGUAACAAGUGCCAUAAAGUCUUUGCUUCAAAAUUCACUUUAAGAAACCACCAAAAAAUACACCAAAGGAAACAUCAGUGCUCUUGCUGUACAAAAUCAUUUUCUAAUUUUAAAGACUUAAGAAAUCAUGUUGAAAAAAUUCAUUUUCUUUUUACCUGUAAUUCGUGCAAUUACACAGCAUCUAAUUAUUCUGAACUGGAAGUUCACAUACAAAACCAUAAAGAACCAGAAUUAAAGCAAACAAGUGAAGAUAGCUUUACAUUAUCACUGGACGAAGACCUUGCGAGUAACAGUGGAACUUUAACUCCACCAUCGGAAGACUUUAUAUUACGAUCCGAUGAAGAUCAAUCUAAAUUGGAUGAAAUUGAAAGGGCUGAGUCUGUAAUAGCCAAAGUGAUAUCUAAUAAGAUUUUUCUUUUACACUCCAAAAAAGCUCUAAAAAACAAGAAAUAUAAAAAGACUUGCGACGUAUGUUUGAAGACCUUCGAUCGCAUCGGAGAUUUAAAAAGGCAUCUGAUAGAGCACGUAAUAAGGAGCACCCUAGCAAAAACGCCAGUAAAUAAGAACGGCACCCUCACCAUACAGUGCGAGGUUUGUCAAUCGGAAACGUUCACUAAAGUUGAUAGAUACAAAGCUCAUUUACGAGAACACGCAAAACUUACCUUGUACAAGUGCACAUUUUGUGAUAAAUCUUUCAGUGAUUCUAGCAAUUUUUCUAAACACAAAAAAAUACACGGCACUACAUUCUUCCAAUGCGAUCUCUGCCAACGCAAGUUUAACUCCAAGAAAAUGAUAGCACAACAUAUGGAGUAUCACAUUAACAACUCUCCCAUUCCUUGUUUAUACUGCGACAAAGAAUUUCAUUUCCCUUCGAUGCUAAAUAAACAUGUUAAAUGUGCUCACACGCGUGAAACGUCCAGAUUUCGUUGUAGAUUCUGUCAAGAAUACUUCAAAACUUUAAAAGAAAAGUGGGAUCACGAAUGGCUGGUCCAUAAUGUAAGGAAAAUGAUUGUGGAUUGUCUCAUUUGUGGAUCAAAAUUUAGGAAAUAUUCAGAACUAAAGCGUCACUGUAACGAUGCACACGAUAUGGAGAUACCUCCUGCUAAAAAAUUAUUGAGAAAAAGAAGAUCU